AGGGUCCUCACCUUAUUUAUUUCUCUGACACUACUUUUUAUUGCUUUUGAUCGAUCGCUCUUAUCUGUUACAAAAUCAACGCCCUCCUCGAUGCGGAUCCAGUUGUUGACGUGAAAAACCAACCACCCAUGGCUGCCGGAAAAGAAGCCUCCACCACUCGCUCUCUUGAAGAGACCCCCACUUGGGCUGUCGCCGCCGUUUGUUUCGUCAUCGUCUCCCUUUCCAUUCUCAUCGAAUUCUUGAUCCACCUCAUCUCAAACUGGCUGAAGCGACGUAGGAAAACUGCACUCUAUGAUGCCGUCGAUAAGCUUAAAUCAGUGCUCAUGGUGCUGGGUUUCAUGUCUCUUACUUUAACGGUGACUCGGAGCUUCAUCUCCAGAAUUUGCAUACCCAGUGAAUUUGCAGAUUCCAUGCUUCCAUGCCGGAAAUCCCUUGAAUCUAUAAAAGCUAAAAAAGAUUUUGUUUAUGAACAAAUAUGGAGCGUCGAUGCAUUACGUGGAAGAAUAUUAGAUGAUGAUAGUAAAUCUUCAGAUUACUGUGAAUCCAAGGGAAAGACUUCUCUAAUAUCAGAGGAGGGGGGGAACCAGCUGAGCAUCUUCUUGUUUGUGUUGGCAGCUAUGCAGAUUGUGUAUAGUGUGCUCACUAUGGCUCUAGGAAGGGCUAAGAUGAGGCGCUGGAAAGCUUGGGAGAAGGAGACGCAAACGAUUGAAUAUCAAGUUGCCAACGAUCCCAAUCGCUUUAGGAUCACAAGACAAACGACUUUUGCACGUCGCCACAUGAAUUCAUGUGCAGAGACAUCAAUCCUUUUGUGGAUGAGCUGCUUCUUCCAACAGUUCUUCAAUUCAGUGGCCAAAAUUGAUUAUUUGACCCUACGCCAUGGCUUCAUCUCUACUCAUUUAUCAACAAACACUUCCUUCAAUUUCCAGAAGUACAUUCAACGAUCACUGGACGAUGAUUUCAAAGUCGUAGUUGGCAUCAGCCCUUUUAUGUGGCUCUUGGUUGUUAUCUUCCUGCUGGUAGACGUACACGGAUGGAAUGUGUAUCUAUGGGUGUCAUUUCUGCCAUUGACAAUAACGUUGAUCUUGGGAACCAAACUGCAAGUGAUAAUGGCAAAAAUGGCACACCGAGUGAAAGAUCAAAACAGUGUAAUCCGAGGAGCUCCUUUGGUGCAACCAAACGACAACUUGUUCUGGUUCAAUCGCCCCACAUUUGUUUUGACCCUUUUACAUUACACCUUAUUCGUGAAUGCGUUCGAAGUGGCAUUUUUCGUCUGGGUCACGACACAAUAUGGACUCGAGUCCUGCUACCAUGAGCACAGAGAAAUAAUCGUAACAAGGGUGGUGUUAGCGGUGACGGUUCAAGUCAUAUGCAGUUACGUUACUCUCCCCCUCUAUGCUCUUGUGACCCAAAUGGGAUCAAAUUUCAAGAGAGCAGCGUUGGAAGUGCAGACCGCGAAUGCAAUAAAAGAAUGGCACGCCGGGGUGAGACUGAAACGGAAAAAGCAACGACAAUCUUCGCCUGCCGCCGCCGAUGAUUCUACGAACAACAACGCCGCUGUUUCCGCCGUGGAUUCAUCGGCUCAUCAGCAUCAAACGCCGGCUUUGUUGGAAAAUGCUAGCUUUGGGGAGAUACAAGAAGAAUCAGGCCCUGCUAUGCCUACUUCCGUUGCUGUCGAUAUACACAUGGGUUCCUUGGAGAAGUCCGUGGCCAGAAAUUAGAGAUGCUCUCACCAGCUCCAAAGCCAUUUUUGUUUACUUUGUAUAGGAUUUAGUAGAUCAUCAUUCAAAAUUUGAUUCAAUUACAAUUAUUAUCGGGAUUUUAACUCAUUAGUGGCGAUUUUAUCCGUC